AUGAAACAGCCUGAGCCAGCGAGCUGCGACGGUGUCCGUAGCUUGAAGGCCAGCACCCCCACCGCCGACGACCGCCGAGCUGCCUGUGGCUGUGUCAAGGCCGCCGCCGCCCGUUACCCGGUGAAGGACGCCGCGGCUUCAAGCCUCCCGUCCAAAUGCGGGGUUGAUAUUGGAAUCCCUAUCUCCAAGGCCAUUGACUGCCAGACGUAA